AUGUUGUCAAAUAGUAAUAACAAUGCCAACAAUAGUAAUAGUAGUUUUCCAAUUACCCCUCCUUCCUCGUCUCCUAUCUCUUAUCCUACUUUUCUAGUAGAUAAGCCACCUCCACAACAACUGCAACCUCUACCACACCAUAGGAGAACAUUAUCAACAACAACUACACAAUCAAGAAAAACACUACGUUCAAAUUCAAAUUCAAAUCGACGAACGCGUUCCGCCACAACUUUUAUAACAGGAACCUCGCAUGAGCUCUUUUGGGAUAUAGUUGGUCGAGAUAACUAUACGACUUCACUGAAUAAUUCACCAGUUCUCUGCAACACAAUUUCCCCACCUGUUGACGAAGAUUUUUUCAGUUUGGCUUUCUCAAAGAAACUCAGUUCGCUUACGUGGCGACCUAAAAAAUCGCUUCCGAAUACAAUACCUACAAUGGCUCCGAAGGCCAAUAACGUUGAACCUAUAAAUUUAAUCACGACCACUAUUAAAUCUCGUUCUUCAUCAUUGGAAUCACCGAUUGUUGAGAGUACUUUAUUUGGCGACUGGGAAGAUAGCAGUAAUAGUAAUAGCAGUAAUAAUUCUCAAUCAACACCACCUCAAGAAGUUCCUGAAUUACUAGCAUCAAAAGAAAAAAUGCCGUCAGUCCAGUUAGUUGGCAGAAAAUCCGAUACAGAUCCGGUACUGGACAUUAAUAUCGCAGAACAAAUACGGCAACAAUUACCGCGCCGCUUACGACUAGAGCCCACAUGGACUUUGCUAUAUAGUAUCGACCAGAAUGGAACUAGUAUGACCACCAUGUACAAUAAUGUAAAAGAUAAGGGUCCUUUAGUGUUGGUUUUGAAAGACGAAAAUGAUCAGGUAUUUGGAGCAUUUACCAGCGAGUCUUUAAAACCACAGCAUUCCUAUUACGGAAAUGGAGAAUGUUUUCUGUGGAAGUGUAAAUACGAAGAUGACGAAAAAUCAUCAACACCCACAGUUGAAUUUUAUCUAUGGUCUGGACGUAACGAAUAUCUCAUCCUUAGUGAACAUGAUUACAUGGCUAUCGGUGGAGGGGAUGGAAGAGUUGGGCUUUGGAUAAAUUCCGAUUUCGAACAGGGACAUUCCUCUCCAUGUGAGACGUUUGAGAAUCAAACACUAUCAUCGUUUCCGGCGUUUGAUUGUCUUGGAUUGGAAAUUUGGGGGUUUAAAAAUUGA